CUUUAAGUGUUGUCACACACUGGUCCCCCUCUUCAAUUGAAACAAUCACUCUGAGAGUGCUGACCUGACAGACUGCGUAUACAGUUAUCCACGAGAUUACAGUGGAUAUUUCUCUCAGAGACAAAGAAGAUGGAAAAAUAUGAAGAUGUCAACGAUGAGUUAAGUCUGCUGAGCAUUAUUCCUGCUGCCUUGAUCGGUCCAGUCUGUAAACUGGUGGAGUUAAGCAUGCCUGGUUGUUACCUGAAAAGUAAAUGCUGUCAAGUGUUUGCUUCAGUUCUCUGCUCAGACUCCCAGCUGAGACAGCUCGACCUGAGUCGGAAUGACCUGCAGGAUUUAGGAGUGCAGCUGCUGUCUGUUGGACUAGGGAGUUCAAGAUGUAGACUGGAGACACUGAGGCUGUCAUGUUGUGGGAUCACAGAAGAAGGUUGUGCCUUUCUGGCCUCAGCUCUGAGGUCCAACCCGUCCCAUCUGAGAGAGCUGGACCUCAGCUACAAUCACCCAGGAGAGGCAGGAGUGAGGCUGCUCACGGAGAGACUCGAGGACCCAGGAUGUAGGAUGGAAAAACUCAAUGUGGACCAUGAUGAAGAGCACUGGGUAAACCCACAGCUUCUGAACAAGUAUGCCUGUGAUCUCACACUCGACCCCAACACGGUGCAUGAACAACUCCUCCUGUCUGAGUGCAACAGGAUAGUGAACUACACUGAAGAGAAGCAACAGUAUCCUGAUCACCCAGAAAGAUUUGAUGGAGAGAAGCAGGUGCUGUGCAGAGAGAGUCUGGCUGGACGCUGCUACUGGGAGGUGGAGUGGGACAUAGACGCGACUAUUGGUGUGGUAUACAAGAGCUUAGAGAGGAAAGGAUGGUGGGACUCGGUAUUUGAAUACAGCAAAAAGGCCUGGUGUUUCACUAUCACUAACUCUGAUGGAUAUACCUUCCGCCACGCACAUAACGAGACUUUCAUUCCUGCCCCGAUCAUUGACGUCAAAGCAUAUCUGGCAAGACAGAAGAGAUUAGGAUUGUUUCUGGAUUGGCCGGCUGGCAUUCUGUCUUUCUAUUUGCUGUCUGGUGACACAAAAACGCUCCUUUACACAUUCCACACCACCUUCACUGAGCCUCUCCACCCGGCAUUCACUGUUUAUUUUGGAUCUCUGACACUGUCCAGUGUAGCAAAGCUGAAAAUGGAUAGUGAAAAGUUUAGCUUCACACCUGUGGUGACAAAAGAAUCAAUAGGCAUCUCAUACAGGUACACGUUCCCCAGUUCUGGUUUGUUCCAUUGUUCUUUGACUGGGCUGGUGUUUAAUGCGACUCACGAGGGGGAGGUCAAGUACAAAACUUGCCUGUGGGAUACAAUGCUCAUCCAACCGGCGCAUAAAGUGCCUGGAGGGCCGCUGUUCAACAUCGAGUUGUCCUCCACGAAUCGCCAUCUUCAUGCGCACUUCCCACACUGGAACGAACUG